AUGAACAACAACAAGAACAAUAUGAAGAUGAGUUCGGGACAAGAAAGUGGCAAUGGAACUACAAACAUCGUGAUCACAGAGACGAGGAAUAAUAAGGUAGAGAGGAAGGCAUCGAUGGACGUGGACAAGUGUGCAGAAGCUUUCAUCGCAAAUUUCAGAAAGCAGCUUCUUCUCCAGCGUCUCGAAUCCAUUGAAAACAUGCUCUCUCGAGGCCUUUAAAACUAUUUAUCAUUGCACAGUUAUUUGUAUGUAUUACUAUUAUUUAUUUCUUUGGUUGACUUUAAUUUGAAUGUCUACUAUGCAGUAUUUGAGAGAGAAUAAUUGUCAUUUUAAGUUAAACUCCAUUUUCAUGGGAUUUCUACUUUAAACUAGUUGAUAGUG